UCAUAGCUGAGACCCUGCACGUGUGAACUGGACUCGGCACUGGUCCAUUUGCGGGUGGUGUAAGUCUCUGGUAGGGUCACUCUGCAGACACCUGGGUGGGGACAACCUGGCAGAGGCGCGUGCAGGACUACCAUCAAAGCGGGGGCGGUCGCAGUGGAGAUAGUGCACGGGCUGGAAGUUUGUGUCUUAGCCUUUCCCUGGAUACGAGCGUGGAUUGAGAAGGUCCGGGUGUGCGACCGGUCAGUGGGCAAGCCUGCACCUCGGCCAGCACCUUUCAGGGGCUCUGCGGUGUUCGUGAAAAUCUGGGGUUAGUGGGACCAGGGCACAACUCCGCCAGGGUGUUUUGCUGAGGAAGACUAAGGCAGGGAUGGCGAAGCCUGGGGCUUCAGCAGGAUGAGCUCCAAUCGCAGAGCCCCCGUCUGCGGGCAGCCCAGCCGCACGCAUUUCAUACCCGGGUUCACGGUCUGGGGCCAGGAGAAGAUCGGUGCUCAGGAUAUUCCGAGGAACUGUUGGAGGGGAGUGAUCUCCGGCGAUCGCCCUUGGAAUUGGGCCCAGAGCGGGGCUGGUGUGUGACAACUGGGCCUGGGUACCCAUGAGGCUGUGCAGUUCAGUGUGAUUCAUGACCGAGGCUACACGUCUUUGCCCUCUCUCUCCUCGGUACUUUUCACACAUGAGGAGAAGGUGAGCUUCGCAGAAGACACGUUCCCAGAGUCAGAGACCCCUUGCCCACCAUGAAGGGAGCCUGCAUCCUUGCAUGGCUGUUCUCAAGCCUGGGAGUGUGGAGACUUGCUAGGCCCGAGACCCAGGACCCUGCCAAGUGCCAGAGAGCUGAGCACCCUGUCGUCUCUUACAAAGAAAUUGGCCCCUGGUUACGGGAGUUCAGAGCCGAGAAUGCUGUGGAUUUCUCGAGGUUAACAUUUGACCCAGGACAGAAAGAACUUGUCGUAGGAGCGAGAAACUAUCUCUUCAGAUUAGAGCUUGAGGAUCUGUCUCUCAUCCAGGCUGUGGAGUGGGAGUGUGACGAAGCCACCAAGAAGGCCUGUUACAGCAAGGGCAAAUCGAAGGAGGAAUGUCAGAACUACAUACGAGUGCUCUUAGUUGGUGGGGACCGGCUAUUCACCUGUGGGACCAAUGCCUUCACACCUGUCUGUACCAUCCGCUCGUUAAGUAACCUGACUGAGAUCCAUGAUCAGAUCAGUGGCAUGGCCCGCUGUCCCUACAGUCCCCAGCACAAUUCUACCGCCCUACUCACUGCCAGUGGUGAGCUCUAUGCUGCAACAGCCAUGGAUUUCCCAGGGCGAGAUCCAGCCAUUUACCGAAGUCUGGGCACUUUGCCUCCUCUUCGAACUGCACAGUACAACUCCAAAUGGCUCAAUGAACCAAACUUUGUGUCUUCCUACGACAUCGGAAAUUUCACCUACUUCUUCUUCCGAGAAAACGCCGUGGAACAUGACUGUGGGAAGACGGUGUUCUCCAGGGCUGCCCGGGUCUGUAAAAAUGACAUUGGAGGGCGAUUUCUUCUGGAGGACACCUGGACUACCUUCAUGAAGGCUCGCCUCAACUGCUCCCGGCCUGGUGAGGUGCCCUUCUACUACAAUGAGCUGCAGGGUACUUUCUUCCUGCCGGAGCUGGAUCUGAUCUAUGGUAUCUUCACCACCAAUGUAAACAGCAUCGCUGCCUCUGCUGUCUGUGUCUUCAACCUGAGCGCCAUCUCACAGGCCUUCAAUGGACCCUUCAAGUACCAAGAAAACUCUCGCUCAGCCUGGCUGCCUUAUCCCAACCCCAACCCCAAUUUUCAGUGCGGCACCAUGGACCAGGGCCUGUACGUAAACCUGACGGAAAGAAACCUACAGGAUGCUCAGAAGUUCAUUCUGAUGCAUGAAGUGGUGCAGCCAGUGACCACAGUGCCCUCUUUCAUGGAGGACAACAGCCGCUUCUCCCACUUAGCUGUUGAUGUUGUGCAAGGCAGGGAGACUCUGGUCCACAUCAUUUAUCUGGCCACAGAUUAUGGCACCAUUAAGAAAGUACGAGCUCCCCUGAGUCAGAGCUCAGGCAGCUGUUUGCUGGAAGAGAUUGAGCUUUUCCCAGAGAGGAGGAGUGAGCCCAUCAGGAGCCUGCAGAUCCUCCACAGCCAGAGUGUCCUAUUUGUGGGACUACAGGAGCAUGUGGCCAAGAUCCCCCUGAAGAGGUGCCACUUCCAUCAAACACGCAGUGCCUGCAUUGGCGCUCAGGACCCUUACUGUGGCUGGGAUGCGGUGAUGAAGAAAUGCACCAGCCUGGAGGAGAGUCUGAGCAUGACCCAGUGGGAUCAGAGCAUCCCCACCUGUCCGACCAGAAAUCUCACUGUAGAUGGGAGCUUUGGCCCAUGGUCACCGUGGACACCCUGUACACACACUGAUGGCACUGCUGUGGGCUCCUGCCUCUGCCGGUCCCGCUCCUGUGACAGCCCAGCUCCUCAGUGUGGUGGUUGGCAGUGUGAGGGCCCUAGAAUGGAGAUCACCAACUGUUCCAGGAAUGGAGGCUGGACUCCCUGGACCUCCUGGUCUCCGUGCAGCACGACCUGUGGCAUUGGCUUCCAAGUGCGGCAGCGAUCCUGCAGCAACCCCACGCCCAGGCAUGGCGGGCGCGUGUGCGUGGGCCAGAACAGGGAGGAAAGAUACUGCAAUGAACAUUUGCUCUGCCCACCACACGUGUUCUGGACAGGCUGGGGACCUUGGGAACGGUGCACAGCCCAGUGCGGGGGUGGCAUUCAAGCCCGCCGGAGGACCUGUGAAAAUGGGCCUGACUGUGCAGGAUGCAAUGUGGAAUACCAGCCUUGUAACACCAAUGCAUGCCCGGAGCUGAAGAAGACCACACCCUGGACACCCUGGACCCCUGUCAACAUCUCUGACAAUGGAGGUCACUAUGAGCAGCGUUUCCGCUAUACCUGUAAAGCUCGCCUGCCAGAUCCAAAUUUGCUGGAAGUAGGAAGACAGAGGAUAGAAAUGCGGUACUGUUCCAGCGAUGGAACCAGUGGCUGCUCCACAGACGGACUUUCUGGAGACUUUCUAAGAGCUGGGAGAUACUCUGCUCAUACAGUCAAUGGGGCAUGGUCAGCCUGGACUUCCUGGUCACAGUGCAGCAGAGACUGCAGCAGGGGCAUUCGGAACCGGAAGCGUGUUUGCAACAACCCAGAACCCAAGUUUGGGGGCAUGCCAUGCCUUGGCCCAUCGCUGGAGUUCCAGGAAUGCAACAUUUUACCUUGUCCAGUGGAUGGUGUGUGGUCUUGCUGGUCAUCCUGGUCUAAAUGUUCAGCAACCUGUGGAGGUGGCCACUACAUGAGAACCCGUUCUUGUUCGAAUCCAGCCCCAGCAUAUGGAGGGGACAUCUGCCUGGGACUGCACACAGAAGAGGCACUCUGCAACACACAGACCUGCCCAGAAAGCUGGUCAGAGUGGUCAGACUGGUCUGUGUGCGAUGCAUCUGGUACCCAGGUCCGUGCUCGGCAGUGCAUCCUUCUGUUUCCAGUGGGCAGCCAAUGUUCUGGAAAUACUACAGAGAGCCGGCCUUGUGUAUUUGACUCUAAUUUCAUCCCAGAAGUAUCUGUGGCAAGAUCCAGCAGCGUAGAAGAAAAAAGGUGUGGAGAGUUCAACAUGUUCCACAUGAUGGCCGUGGGGCUUAGCAGUUCCAUUCUUGGCUGCCUCCUCACACUGCUUGUCUACACCUACUGCCAGAGGUACCAGCAGCAGUCCCAUGAUGCAACUGUCAUCCACCCUGUCUCUCCUGCCGCCCUCAACAGCAGCAUAACUAACCACAUCAACAAACUGGACAAAUAUGAUUCUGUGGAGGCCAUCAAGGCAUUUAACAAAAACAACUUGAUCCUAGAGGAGAGAAACAAAUACUUCAACCCACAUCUCACUGGGAAGACCUAUUCCAACGCCUACUUUACAGAUCUCAACAAUUAUGAUGAAUACUAGCAGCUCUUAUACUUUGGGCUCGUUGUAAACUCGCUGCUCCUCAAAACCGUGCUCCAUGGCUGCCCAUAUUUCUGAGGCUUCAGAGAUGACGUGUGGAACCAUUUCAAGUGCAUUUCAAACCAGGACUUUCCCAUCGCUACCAAAAAAGUGCACACCCUUAAAUGCCUAAAUGUGGUGUUGUGAAAAUCUGGUCUAUAGAAAACAUUUGGUUGUUGCGAAGUGAGCCAUGGUAUGACAUUUUGUAUUGUGCUCAUCCUAAACUCUAACUGGUCUACUGUUUUUCAGGAGUUUUAUUUCAUAAAUGUGCCAACCAUAUUGAAAAGUGUCUUUGGAAACAUAGCAUCGUCAUGCUUUUGAGUGUAGAGGAUCAGGAUGUUUUAACUUGGAAACAAACAAACAAAUAACCAGGCACUUUAAUCUGAGAGAUGCCUCCCCCCCUGCCCCCCCCCCACACACACACAGAGUCCAGAGUAAUUCACAGAAUGAAGGUGUGGCUAAUGCCAACUCCCCCAACCUGGUGACUCUAGGUUCUUAGAAACAGCUUGUUUGCACUUGGAGUGAUUCUGCCUAGGGAUUCCACCUGCCCUGGAGCACCAAGUCGUGGUCUACUGAGACCCGCUGCUUUGGUCUGGGGCAGUGACUGUCAUCACUGUUUGGUGAACACAUGAAGCAGAGAGCAGCGAGUGAGACACACAACAGUGUUCUACAGCUUGCAGUGAAACUAACCUUACUCUGACUUUUGGAUUCCAUGUCAUCCCAGGAAGCUCCUUGCCACGCUGUGAGCCUGAAGACCAACUUCCCAGACAGUGAGCUUCCUGGCUGAAGAGCCACUCUGAGCAUUUGGGUAGACUCCACACCCUUUCCUCCCUCCCUCCAUGAGGAGAAAAUUCUUCAACAUUUAUGAUGGAAAAUAAUGAAAGUACCAAACUGUAAUUGAAAGCGACUUUAAAAAAAAUUGUGUGUUAUGCAGUGUUUAAUUAACUGAUGUAAUUGAAAGCUACUUUUCAUUUUUUAUUUUUUUGUGUUAUGCAGUGCUGUUAAUGGCUUUCUUUUGUACUCAGCAUCUCUGAUGUGGCUAAUGUGCAGCAAGGCCCCUAUCAAGAGCAUUAAAGGUGUGUAAAGCUGUUCCUCCUUGCAGUCACACUGGAGUGGCACUCCAGUACCAUGCUCUCCUCAUUUGUCCCCUGCUGCCCCAAGACCAGAGGAGGGAAAGGCUCUGGUGUGCUUUACCUCAGUUGCUGCCUUCCUUGUCCUCCGGCUUACUGAGUCCCACUUCUGCUCUAAGACAGUAGCUGUCAGAAUGUAUCAUGAGAGGUAAUGGAGAAGAUUAGGGUUUCAGUGACCCUCCUCUCUCAUCCUAAUGGUUGAAUGUUCUAAGGCUACUCUUGAGGUCCUCAGAGGAGUAAAGAGUGGUUAGCAUCUGAUCUAAUGCUUUCUAAGGUGAGGACAAAAGGUUUGUCUACACCAAUGGUCACUAUGAUAAAGGCCUGGGUAGGCACUCAUGUGUUCUUAUGAAUAUAUAAACUUUCAUGCCUAUGCAGAUAUAGAGCACAGGGAGUGAAGAUUACAGUUUUUUUUUUAAUGAGUAUAUGUUUUCCCCCAUGGAAUAUAAAGAAGCAAUCUCAGAACACAUUCCAAAAAAUCUUAUGAUUAAUCACAAAUUAUUCUCCUAUAAACACAUUUUUCAGACAUAACUCUGUGUUAAAAUUGAAAUUAAAACAGCAGAUGGGCUCUGGGAGAUGUGUCAGAUUGUGAAGAAAUGGCAUAUGGGAAUAUUGGAGUGGGACAUUAUGUGGCAUUUCACACACUUUUUCUACAGUGUAUGAGGCCUCCAUUGCACACACAUUUUUAAAAUCCUCACUCACCAGACAGAAUGUGUCAGAUGAUUUAUUCAUUGUCUCUAGGGUGGAUUUUUAGUGGCUGCUUCAACUCAUCUCAUUACUUUCUUUUAAGAAAAGAAUAAAUCCUCCUGGCAUAGCACUAUUUUACUGUUUUAAAAAUAAUCUCCCCUUCUUGAAUAUUUCUCUAGUUUAAAAGGUCACUCUCUUUCCCCUCGGAAAAAGAGUACAAAUAUUUCAAGAACGUAUGGCUACACUUGAUAGGAAAUGCUUUCUAAAUGACCUGUAAUCUGGCCUUCAUCAAUUUGAUAUAGUAACCCCACCCCAGAGUUUGAAACAAGACAGUUUUCUGAUACUAGUAUUGCUUUUUUGAAGUCUCAUUUUUGACUGCCUCCUUCUCUGUUCAAAUCCCCACCUCCAACCACCACGGGUCCCUUUCUCUUAUUUUGCUGAACAAUUGGAGCAAUUCCUUAGGAAUGCCUUGAGCUAUAUUCUGCUUUUCACUACCUGCUGUGUGGCUUAUUUUCUGUAGGUGUACAGCUGCGGCCCCUGGUGCAGUGUAUGCCACACUCCAGACCUUUCACUGGCACAACACAAACACAUGCAUACCAUACACGCAUACACACACACACACACACACACACACACACACACACACACACAAACAUUUUUAUUUCCCUCCCUACUUCCUCCCCAUAACCCUUCUUCUUUUCUUUUCUGCCUUCUUUAUUCCCUCUCUUUCUUCUUUCCUUUUGCCUUUUGAUGAAAGAAACACACGGAGGAAUUAAUAUUCUAAGCUACAUCUGGCUGAACCUGUUGCUAAAUGACAUUAAUCAACUUAUUUUCUAGAGUUAGGGUUCAAUUUUGGCGUCCUCUCUCUGAUUAGACUGUCAUCAAUCAUUCUAUGUGCUGACAUUCUGCAGAAAAAAAAAAGAAGAGAAUUUUUGCACAUUGUAUAGCCAGAAGUAUUUCCAAAUACCCUGGGGACUUUCUUGGAACUGGGGGUUUGUCACCUUUGACUGAAGCUAUCUCAGUGAGUCCUAAGAAACUCUGGGACAUUGGGUGAAGCUCUGCUUCACAGAAAAACCUCUGUCAACAUAGUCCUAGACUUUUUCUUCAAAACCAUCCAGUGCAAGCUAGGCACCUUUAUGCCUCUGCCCCUUAAGACUUACUCAUAGCACCUUAGUACCUUUGUCCUGUUGGAUGCAUCAAAAUGCAUAUUAAAGUAGAUUCUACCUGACAUUAACAUGUAUGUUGAUGGAAGAGAAGAGGGUUUCUUGAGUGCAUGAUGGAAUGACAGAGACACUAAAGGAAUUGAAGAGAAGCCAUAAACUGAAUGGCUGUGAUAGCAUCUGCUAUGGAAAUGUCUCUGUCCCUAGGAAGGACCAAUCCAUGUGUUUGAUCUGGACCCUGUUGACUAACAGGUAAUACUGAAAAGAAAAAAAAAAAGAUGUGGAAUGUGAUAUGAAAAAGCAAGAGUCAUGUUACUCUCUGCUAAUUAUGCUGCUGCGUGCCCUCUGGUAAGGAUCUGGCCCACAACCAAGUACUGAGGUUCUGGCAUUUGGACGUAUCCAUAAUCAAGUGUCCUGGGUGCAUGGGUCUUAGUCAAGGGCAUCGUUAUCUCCUUAUUUAUCUACAAAGGAAUGAAAACUGCCAGUGUUGACUGACCCCCAUGUCAGCAAAUGUUCCACCUUAAUCAUUGAUAGAAUCAGGUCUUGCCUUCAAUACUGUAGGCAAUUUCUCAUCAAAGGGAAUUCCACCUAUGGACUAUAUUAUUACGUAGCUGAAUAGCUCAAGAGAUGUCAUCCUAAAUAUGCAUCAGACUUGUACUCUGUCAGUUUGCCUAAGCACAGCCUACUGGUAAUUGAAUUUGGCUAUAUCCACAUGUUUCUUUUCUGACUAUUUUCCCUUUUUGAAUAACCACAAAUAUUUCCCCAACAAAUCAAGCCAAAUUCUUCAUCAGUUUUUCCCCAGAGUCAUCAACUUUUUAAACUUUUCCUAGACUCUUUAGUGGGCCGUUCAAGUUUUAAAUCACACUUUGGAGUACACUAACUUCAGUGCUACUGUGUCAAAACACAGUUGGGGAGCUCCAACUGGAAGUAGCAGACACUAUGUACCAAUGGGUGGUACAGUAGACUGUGUCAGCAUUAGAUCAUCUGGUGGCAGGUUAUGUCCAAGUCUCCUGGAUCAAAAAUAUCAGUUUCCAUGGAGAUAUCAAAACAGUGCACUUAGACUCCUUUUCAAGUUCUCUGGUGUCUUUCUAGAGUCUAAAGAUUCGCAUGCCCAGUUCAUCCAUUCAUUCUUACUACUUCAUGAAGCAUCUAGAGACUUAUGUUAAUACACUAUUGUCAAGAUUCCAAAGCCUGUUAGUACCAUGGGUAUGUCAUACUGUCUUCUAGCAGUUACUGCAGAGCAUUGUGAGUACUCUGCUUCUUUGGGAAAUGCAUAUGAAAUGGGAAAACUUAACUUAAUAUUCUUGUUAACCUAAGAGAUGUACCACAGGGAAUGAUGUAUGAGAGAUUACAGUCCAGGGCCUAGGGAUUGUUUAAUCUCUGCAGCUUAUCUUUCCAGUUGUUAUCAUUAAUUAAAGUGAUGUAAGGAGAUUUUCCAAGAUCUAUACAUACUAAUCUAUGGCCUUGAGGUAGUCUCUCUAGAUAAUCUUAUAAAAUGAAGGAAAUGUGUUGCUUUCCAGUUUGCUACUUCUCCUUUUAGGUAACAAAAAUCCUGUGGAUUAUUAAUGUACACAUUGAACUAUUGAUAGAAGUUGCAAAAGUUUCUCUUCCUUGUAGACUUCAUAUCAUAAUGUUGUAUUAACAGAAAUUUGAUACACGUUGCUGAAGCAACAUGGAAACCUGUCUCUUAAAAUAGCUCAGACUGCAAAGACUGUAUGCAGUCUCCUGGAUACCAAAUUCAGAGCCUGGUGCAAAUAGUAUAUUUCAUUAAAAAAAAACUCAGCCCUGAAACAUGAUCUCUUUGAAAGACGAUGUCCUGCCAUUUAUGCUUAUUAUCCAUGACCAGAGCCUUUAUCAACUCUGUUCCCAAGCAGAAAUGCUUUACUGGGAACAUACUGUACAUGUAACUAAACUGAUCAAGGAUACUCUUUGAUCAGAAAGACAAAAGCAGCAAUAGGGAAUCACUAAAAUACAAAUAAGGCAGGAAAAUCUCCACCCCUUCAUAAUCCAUCAAGGACCUAAAACCAGGAGAUUAGCCAUAAUUCUCAUCUUUAUCUGCUUCUUGGGAAUUUAAUACCGACAGGUUCCAAUGUUAGACAAAUACAAGUAAAACAAAAAGCCUAGGCUCUGUUAAACAAAACUGUUCUUCCAUCUAGACAAUAAAGGAGGCCUGUUAUCUGCAGAAGGUGAUACUGACCUUCCUGUACAAAGUUGCUAGUGCCUUUUAUAAGCUAUGUGCUGUUGCUCUUCCUGGUUAUUGAUUGUUCCAAUUAGAAGCCAUGCAUUGGUUGUCUACACUUUGAGGAAAUCUAUUCUGUGUGUCGUCUCUUUGAACUCAGGAACAGGAAAUGAGAGAAAUGUCUCAUGUUCAAGUGUGGUUUUGCUCUCAAAACAGAUCAAGAGUGUGUUGUGUCCAGAUGAAGUGGCCCUGUUCCAGCCUGUAAGAAACUGAUGUUGCUUUAAUUUUUUACAUCUUCAUGGAACUUUAUUAGAGACUGUCCUGUGGUAUGAGAGUCAGCUCUGUUUCUGUAGAAGUCAAUGGGUGUUUCUGUUGCUCUUCAUGCACGGACAUAGGUAUGAGGGAAACAGAUGCAGGCUACUUACAGUGACACAUAUUGUGAAGUGAGAACCAACUAGAACAUCAUUUGGGCUGUUUUGUCAUAUUUUGCAAAUCCAGUAUCAGAACUGCUCAAAAGUUCACAAAAUUAUUACUUUUCGCCUGGGUUUAAGAAAUUAGUAGUGUGUUCUAUGCUGAAGUUGACCACUGAUCUCUUACACUGUUACUGUGGACUCAAAUCAGCUGAUAGAUCUGCUUCGAAAGCAUGCACAGUGGGAUUCUCCAACCACUGAAUCACCAUGAUGCUCACCUCAUCUGCCAAUAAGAUGCACCAGCUUUUCCCAGUGUAAGAUUCUGCAGAACCUGUGACCACUUGGUUUUGACUUGACACCUGCUACGCUUCCUUGCCUGUUUUGUGAUAGAAAAUAAAAUUGUCUAGGAUUGCUCACUCAUUGAAAUUUCUUCUAGGCCAACUUCAGCCCUUGGUAAACUUGCAGACUGUUACCGAUCUUAAGAUUAAAACUUCAAAGGCAAUAUAUAUUAGUUACCACAGAGCCAUUUCAAGAGUGAGAUAGCUCUGUAUUUCCCUGACAGUUUUCUGAAAGAACAGCCACUUGGUUCUGUGUGGGACUGCUGCUGGCUAGUGAGUAUUCUCUCCCUGCUACAAUAGGCAAGCCACACUAUUAAGCCCCUGUGUUUGGCUGUCAGUAUUUGCCCUGAAGUCUCAAUAGCCAUGUGCAUUGGUAUUUUCUGAAGCUAUCAUUUUUCUGUUUCACUCAUUAACCCACUGGAUUGAUAUUCUUCCUGAGAGCUGGCCAGGCCCUUACCUCAAAUUUUACUUAAUGACACCUGGCAGAUAUCUUGUUUUCAGAAAUGAGUUUAAGACCCUAAUUAUGUCAACCCAGGCAGGGAACUAAUUCUGUCUUUCAUGGAACCAAUUAUGGAAGUUCCAAAAGGGGUGGGCAGGGGCACUUCCCAACCAAUCAACCAAACCAAACUCACACCUGUCUAACCAAACAUUAAUACGAAUGAACCAUUAUUACAGCAGUGGAAAUGUCUCUUUGUAUCUGCCCUAGACACAUUCCAGGAUCAAUGUCUCCACCUUCCUCAUUACUUUUAACAAUGAAGUCAUAAAAUGGUCCUGCAUUUUGCCAAGAGCACAGCAUUGCUCCCCACCUAGACCUCCUUCUCCAUCCCGCUCAUCGUCUCUCUGCCAACGUUUUGUGAAAACUAAAAGAAUCCUAAUUAUGUACAGAUAAAAAUUGUAUUAUAUUUUUUGUACUUAAUGUUUUGUGUAAAUAGUUUGCCUUGUUCAGUUGUAUGUGAGUAUUGAAAUAAACCCUGCCAUUUAAGAAACAA